CUGAAGGCGGAGGAGCCCCCCCCCCACCACGUGCCCUCGGCGGAGGAGGAGGAGGAGGAGGAGGAGCAGCACGUGCGCGCCCCCGGGGCCGGCCCCCACCAGGCCGGCCGCUGCCUGCCCUGGGCCUGUAAGGCCUGCCAGCGGCGCCGCCCCGGCGCUGACCGCCGGCGGGCGGCCACCGCGCGCGAGCGCCGGCGCCUGUCCCGGGUCAACGACGCCUUCCAGAGCCUGAGGCGCUGCACCGCCCCCGGCCCCCCCCACCGCCUGCCCAAGGUGGAGAUCCUGCGCAACGCCAUCAGCUACAUCCAGGCCCUGCAGGCGCUGCUGCGGGGGGGCGGGCCGGACCCCCCCCGGCCGGACCCCUACGGCCCCGGGCCGGACCCCAACGGCCCCCGCUCACACCGCUGCGAGCCGGUCAAUGGAGUUCCUCUCUCCGUGCUCGGACAGGAGCGGGAGCAGCGACGCGUCCGGCUGCAGGCCCUCAGCAGACGGUCAGUCCACUUAUAUUUAGCAGCCGCAGCUGCUGAAAGAGACAAAGAUAGUUUAUCACGUCUUUGUUUGGAAUUAACAAGACUUUGGGGUAUUUUUUUCUCUUUUUUUCUUCCUGUCCUCCGUCCAGAGCGCGGCCGGAAGCCCCCCCUGGUGUCCAGCCUGGACUGCCUGUCCAGCAUCGUGGAGCGCAUCAGCACCGACCCGCCCGCCCCCCCCCAUGGGGACAGCGUGGUCCCCCGGGGGCCCGGCUCCCCCCACAGCAGCCCCCCCGCCGUGUCCGCCUCCCCCGCCGACCCCGGAAGCAUCUACGAGCCGGUCUGA